GGGGCGGGCGCGGGUUGAGGUGCGCGCGGCGCGGCUCUGCCCGCCGCCAGCCCGGGGGGGAGGGGAAUCUCCCGCCAUUUUUCAAUCCUCCCGCCCGGGUCCCGCCGCUGCCGGGGUCGCCGUGCGGAUCCGCCGGCUCCGGCCGGGCCCUCGCCUCCUCCCGCCAUGGCGCCGCUGCUGGGCCGCAAGCCCUUCCCGCUGGCCAAGCCGCUGCCGCCGGGGGAGCCGGGGGAGCGGUUCGUCAUCCCCCACACGCAGGAGGCCUUCCGCACCCGCGAAGAGUACGAAGCACGUUUGGAGAGGUACAGUGAGAGGAUCUGGACCUGCAAAAGCACAGGAAGCAGCCAGCUGACACACAAGGAGGCUUGGGAGGAGGAGCAGGAAGUUGCUGAGCUCUUGAAGGAGGAGUUUCCCAUCUGGUAUGAGAAACUGGUGCUGGAAAUAGUCCACCACAACACUGUAUCUUUGGAAAAGUUGGUGGAUGCAGCUUGGCUGGAGAUCAUGACCAAAUUUGCAGUGGGAGAAGAGUGUGACUUUGAGGUUGGUAAGGAGAAAAUGUUGCCUGUGAAGGUUGUGAAAAUUCAUCCCCUGGAGAAAGGUGAUGAAGAGGCCUCAGAAAAGAAAUCUGAUGGGGCCUGUGACUCCCCAUCCAGUGACAAAGAGAACUCCAGCCAGGCAGCCCAGGACAACCAGAAGGAAAGCACCCUGAAGGAGGAUGAUAACAGGAGGGAGAGUAUGAGUGACCGAGCACGGAGGUCUCCUCGGAAGCUUCCCACUUCCUUGAAGAAGGAAGAAAGGAAAUGGGUUCCACCUAAAUUCCUGCCACACAAAUACGAUGUCAAACUGAAAAAUGAAGAUAAGAUCAUCAGCAACGUGCCAGCAGAGAGCUUGGUGCGCACAGAACGUCCUCCCAACAAGGAGAUCCUCAGGUACUUCAUCCGGCACAACGCUCUGCGGGCUGGCACCUGUGAGAAUGCCCCCUGGGUGGUGGAGGACCAGCUAGUGAAGAAAUACUCUCUCCCCAGUAAAUUUAGUGACUUCUUGCUUGACCCACAUAAGUACAUGACUCUCAACCCUUCAACCAAAAGGAAGAGCUCUGGCUCACCUGACAGAAAACCUUCUAAGAAAUCCAAGGCUGAUGGAUCAUCCCUGGCUCAGCCACUGAGCCCUACUCUCUGGUGCCACGUGCAUUUGGAGAAAUCUAUCAUUGGCUCUCCACUGAAGGUGAAAAACUCAAAGAAUUCAAAAAGUCCUAAAGAGGAGUUGGAAGAGGUGAUGAAAAUCAUGUCUCCUGCUAAACUGGGUUCUAACUUUCACAUUCCAAAGAGGAGCCGACUGGGGAAGGGUGGCAACAAAUCACUGGACAAGAAGCAAAGAGGCAAAAGGGUUCUGAAUGGACAGAAGUCAUCGGGGAAAUCAAAGUCUCCUAGGAAAGGCUUGAAGACCCCCAAGAUGAAAAUGAAACAAAUGACACUGCUGGACAUGGCUAAAGGUACCCCCAAGGUGUCCAGGGCUCCCAGGAAUUCUGGAGGCACCCCUAGGUCGUCCAGCAAACCCCAGAAACAUCUCCCUCCUGCAGCACUCCAUCUCAUUGCUUACUACAAAGAAAACAAAGACAGGGAAGACAAAAAGAGUGCUCUGUCCUGCAUCAUCUCCAAGACAGCCAGGUUGCUUUCCAACGAGGAUCGUGCCCGUCUGCCCGAGGAUCUGCGGGGGCUGGUGCAGAAACGCUACGAGCUCCUGGAGCACAGGAAGAGGUGGGCCAGCAUGACAGAGGAGCAGAGAAAGGAAUACAUGAAGAAAAAAAGGGAGAAGCUGAAAGAGAAACUGAAGGAGAGAGCAAAGGAGCGGAAGGAGAAGGAGAUGAAGGAAAAACUGGAAAAACAGAAACGAUUUGAGGACCAGGAUCUCAAAGGGAAGACUUUGCCGACUUUUAAACUGGUUGAUACUCCAGAAGGACUCCCUAACACCCUCUUUGGGGAUGUGGCCAUGGUGGUGGAGUUCCUGAGCUGUUACUCGGGGCUGUUGAUGCCGGAUGCUCAGUAUCCCAUCACAGCAGUUUCCCUGAUGGAAGCUCUUUGCGCAGAGAAGGGAGGCUUCCUGUAUUUGAACCGAGUGCUGGUGAUUCUCCUGCAGACCCUGCUGCAGGACGAGAUUGCUGAAGAUUACGCUGAGCUGGGAAUGAAGCUUUCUGAAAUCCCCCUGACCCUGCAUUCUGCCUCCGAGCUGGUUCGCCUCUGCCUGCGGAAGUCGGACGUGCAAGAGGAAAGCGAGGUCUCGGAUAACGUGGACGAAAGCAAAGAUUCGGCAGCUUUUGAGGAUAACGAAGUGCAGGAUGAGUUUUUGGAGAAGCUGGAGACCUCGGAGUUCUUCGAGUUGACUCCUGAGGAGAAACUGAGGAUCCUGGGGGCUCUGUGCCACCGGAUCCUCAUGACCUACUCGGUGCAGGACCACGUGGAGGCCAAGCAGCAGGCGUCAGCUGAGCUGUGGAAGGAGCGCCUGGCUGUCCUCAAGGAAGAAAAUGACAAGAAGAGAGCAGAAAAACAGAAGCGGAAAGAAAUGGUGGCCAAGAACAAGGAGGUUGGGAAAGAAGAGAACAUGAUGGGAAGAAACGAGAAGAAAAAAACCGAGAUGAUGAAAAUGGAGCACCAGGUAGAAAUAGAAGCUGAUGAUAUGAUCAGUGCUGUGAAGAGCAGGCGCCUUCUUGCCAUCCGAGCCAAGAAGGAGAAGGAGCAACAAGAAAUACAAAUGAGAGUGAGGAUGGAGAAAGAAGCAGAGGAAGAAAGAAUUAGGAAGCAUAAAGCUGCAGCUGAGAAAACUUUCCAGGAUGGAAUUGCCAAAGCAAAGCUGGUGAUGCGCAGGACCCCGAUCGGCACCGACCGAAACCACAACAGGUAUUGGCUGUUUUCAGAUGAGGUUCCUGGCUUGUUCAUUGAGAAAGGCUGGGUACAUGACAGUAUAGACUACAGAUUCAUCCUUCCCCAUCAGAAGAAAGAAGAUUUGAAAAAGGACCACAGCCCAGGAGACAAGAGGAAGAGCAGCACUGGCAAUGGCAGAGGCAGCAGACUGCUCCGGGCUGUGCAUGCUGCAGACCUCCCUGCAGAGACCACUGCACCCAAGCAGGGACAGAACUUAUGGUUUCUCUGUGACAGUCAGAAGGAUCUGGAUGAGUUGCUGGAUUGCCUGCACCCCCAGGGGGUAAGAGAGAGUCAGCUCAAGGAACGUUUGGAGAAAAGGUAUCAGGACAUCACACAUUCUAUCCAUUUGGCUCGGAAACAGAACUUGGGCCUCAAAUCCUGUGAUGGCAACCAGGAGCUGCUGAAUUACCUCCGAAGUGACCUCAUUGAGGUUGCAACUCGCCUGCAGAAAGGAGGCCUGGGAUAUGUUGAUGUGACCCCAGAAUAUGAAGCAAAAGUGUACUCACUAGAGAGCUUGAAGGAUUUUGGAGAGUGUGUGAUUGCACUCCAGGCUGGUGUUGUUAAAAAGUUUCUGCAAGGUUUUAUGGCCCCUAAGCAGAAGAGGAGGAAACAUCAAGGAGAUGACUACAUUGCCAAGGCUGAGGAGAUAGAUGAAGACAAGAAAAUGGCAGAAGAAGCUAAGGUUGCUUCAGCCAUGGAGAAGUGGAAGACAGCAAUCCGUGAGGCCCAGACCUUCUCCCGUAUGCACGUGCUGCUGGGGAUGCUGGAUGCCUGUAUCAAGUGGGAUAUGUCUGCAGAGAAUGCCAGAUGCAAAGUGUGUCGCAAGAAAGGUGAGGAUGACAAGCUGAUCCUGUGUGAUGAGUGUAACAAAGCCUUCCACCUCUUUUGUCUGAGACCGGCGCUGUACGAGAUCCCGGAUGGGGAGUGGCAGUGCCCAGCCUGUCAGCCUUCCACUGCCCGGCGCAGCUCCCGGGGGAGGAACUACACAGAGGAUUCUGCUGAAGAUGAAGGUGAAGAAGGUGAGGAAGCUUCUGAUGAACCAGAUGCUGAAGAAGAAGAAGAGGAGGAGGAAGAAGAUUAUGAAGUUGCUGGACUGAAAUUGAGGCCCAGAAGGGCAGCCCGGGGCAAGCAGAGCACAGCCAUGUACUCCUUGAGGCAGGGGAGGCACCAAAGGAAGAAGCAAUCCCUGCACCCUGCCAGGGGACCCCGGCCGCGGGCUGCACCUGUCAACGGCGCCGACAUUGAUGAGCUGGUCCUUCAAACAAAGAGGACAGCACGGCGCCAAAACCUGGAGCUGCAGAAGUGUGAGGAAAUCCUCAGCAAGCUGAUCAAGUACCGCUUUAGCUGGCCCUUCAGGGAGCCAGUGACCACAGAGGAAGCUGAAGAUUACUUUGAGGUCAUCAGCAACCCUAUGGACUUCCAGACUAUGCAGAGCAAGUGUUCUUGUGGCAAUUACCGCUCAGUGCAAGAGUUCCUGGCAGACAUCAAGCAGGUGUUCUCCAACGCCGAGCGCUACAACCAGAACGGGAGUCACGUCCUGUCCUGCCUGGAGAAGACAGAACAGUGUUUGAUUGACAUGGUGCACAAACACCUGCCUGGCCACACGUAUGCACGCAGGAAACGCAAGAAGCUGUCUGCCAGGUGCCAGGGACUGGAGGAGCAGGAAGGGGACAGUGAGUCAGAGCCCCUCGAACAUUCCCAGGGGCGGAAAAGGAAGAAAUGAGGGAUGGGGAGACAAGGGGGAGAGCCAGAGCUGGACCAGGCCAUCUGGUGCUGCCAGGCAGCAGGAUGGGUUUGUCUGGAGGGAGCUGGGAAGCAGCAGGCACUUCUCUAUUAAUCCAGCCUUCCCUUUGGCCCAUCCUAGUUUUAAUUUUUCUGCUAUUUCCUCAAGUAUUUGGUCAUCCACUGAGUGAGCAGAGAUGACUUACUGCUUCCUGCAAAAUCCUCAGAGCUCUGAAGGAGUCUGUCCUGCUAGAAGAGGAAGGUGGGAGGGUAAGGGGAGGCCCUGGCCAAAGCUUGGCUGGGCAGGGGAGCAUGAAGCCUGCUCCAGCUCAGGCACUGUCUGCUUCCUUGGGAUGAGCUGCUUCCUCCCCUGGGUGAGCAGCUGGAGGGUGGUGGGACCUGGCCUUCUGCUGCCUGUGAUGUGAAACCAGCCUUGAGCUGGUGCAGGGAGGGAUCAUAUUGCUUUACAGAAGGUCUGGGUGUGAUCAGGCCAAUGGGCUGCUAGAUCUUGUAUGUAUAUAUUUAUAUGGUGGUAAUUUGGAGCCCCCAGUGAAGAGCUGCAUCAGGCGAGCAAGCACUUACAUUUAUGGAGAUCCAGCUUUCACCAGCAUCCUAACACAAGUGGCUUGGAGGUGCUCUUGCUUUUCCACUCUCUUCUCUCUCUCCUCGGGGAGCAAUCUCUGGAGGUUGUGCUCUGCAGAGGACUCUUCUGAGCUCAGCUCUUCACAUAUACACGGCAGAGAGGAGGCAGUUGCCUUCCCUGCUCCCCUCCAGCAGCACCUGAUCCUGUAGCCCUUUGGAUGAACAGAGUGCCAGCAGCACACCAGGGAACAUGGUUUUCUGCACGCCCUGUGGGGAGCUUCAGGGCAAAGGGAGCAGCAGAAACAUGUUCUGUGUAACUUUUUAAAUUAAUUUUCUAGUUAAAAGUGGCUUGUUUCUAGCUGUGACCUUGUACAAAGAACACCUGUAAGAUACUGUUGUCUUGCUUUGGCACAUGUACAGUUUAUAUGAAAUCAUGUUUGCUUUGUAUUUUUCCCCCCCUCUUAAAAACUUGUUUUCCUACCAGUAGCUGGAGUUACACCGGGGGAUUUGUUGGCAGUCCCCACCAAGUUCUCCCAGUCUUCCUCUAGCCACACUCUCACCAUGUUUUAUAGCAGUCCUUUCCCUUGCUCACCUCCCCCAGCACAGUCAGGACCAUCCCACACUGUCCCACCAGCUCUGCCCUGCCCCACCAGUGGGUCCUGCCACCCCAAAUACUGACAUUUCUCUAAGAAAAGAAUAUGAUUUUUCAUCACCUCUCCCUCUCUUUCAUGACAGGUUUUAACCAUACAAUCAGGGCUUGAACUUUUUAUUACAGUAAUCUAUAAUUUGGAACAAAUCAGCCCCAGGGCUGCUCUCUGCUGCUUCUGUAAGAGAAAAGCAAAAGCAGCUGUUGCAGCUCCUGUGAUUUGAGAAGAAAAGAAUAAUCAAUUAAAAAUUGUUUUGUGAACUUUUUAGGUUGUUUUCUUUCCCCUCCUCUCUCCCCCCUCCUAACAGGUAUUCCUUUCAGUUCUGGACUGUCAGUGGCUGCAGACUAGGCAGGUUUCCAGCCACUCCCCUCUCCCCAGCCUCAGCUCCCUGCCCCACAGAACAACACUGACAUCUGUAUUUCACACGUCCCCUCCAGAGGCUUUGUUUUGUCCUGUUCACAGAGAACAUUUUCUGCAGGUCCUACACAAGUGAAACCUUUGGAACUGUACAUUUUUAAAAAAUAAAUGUCAUUUGGGAGGGAGGGGGUUUCUGCUAAGGGCUGUACUUGUAAUAAAUUGGAAACUGAAAAAAUAAACAUUAUGUACUUGUGUUU